GUCUGCGGGUUCCUGGUGAGAUCCGGAGGUCUGCAGGUCCCUGGUGGGAUCCGGAGGUCUGCAGGUCCCUGGUGGGGUCUACGUCCGGAUCCCGCAACUCGCAGCCCAGCUCAGCGCUCGGAUCGCGAAGCGCCGCCCCGCGCGGUCCGCCCCCAGGAGGAGCCACCUUAACUGGCUGGACCGAUAUCGAAAGGAGAAACGCCAGAGAGCCGAACCGAAGCAGCGCCGGACCCAUGGCUGACUCAGGGAAGGACGAUGUCCGAGGAUCUGUUGAAAUAGACAGCAAACCGGAAGGCGAAAGCAAGAACAUCUGUGAAACUGAUGCGCUUCCUGGCCGACGCAGCAUCGGCAUGGACCCUGCCGAGGAGUACCAGAUGAAUCACCGCAAGAGGGGGCUAGCCCUCAUCUUCAACCAGGAGUGGUUUUUCUGGCAGCUGCGCCUGCCUGAACGUACUGGUACCAACGCUGACAAGGCCAACCUGGUCAAAAGGUUUGCAGAACUGGGAUUUGAUGCCAAGUCUUACGAUAACCUGAAAGUGGAAGAAGUUAUGAAUAUUCUUCAGAAAGCUGCGCGAGACAACCACGUCGACUCGGACUGCUUCGUUUGCGUCUUCCUGAGCCAUGGCGAGAACGACCACAUCUACGCUUACGACGGCCAGAUCCGCAUUCGGGACAUCACCGCCCUCUUCAAGGGGGACCAGUGCAAGAGUCUGGUGGGGAAACCCAAAAUCUUCAUCCUCCAGGCAUGUCGUGGUGACAAGCAUGACGACCCAGUAACCCCCAUGGAAGAGGUGGACAAUCCCAACCAGGUGGUGGUGGACGCUGGUGUCUUCUACACCCUCCCAGCUGGAGCCGACUUCCUGAUGUGCUACUCGGUGGCUGAAGGGUACUACUCCCACCGGGAGACCGUCAAUGGCUCCUGGUACAUCCAGGACCUCUGUGACCUGCUUCGGGAAUAUGGCCAGUCGGUGGAGUUCACCGAGCUGCUGAUGCUGGUGAACAGGAAGGUGUCGAUGCGCAGUGUGGGACGAUGUGCCGACCGCAAUGCCAUCGGCAAGAAGCAGGUGCCCUGCUUCUGCUCCAUGCUGACCAAGAAGCUCUACUUCCGGCCCAGGAAAGUCUAAGCACAACCAGAGAGGGGGGGGGGGGGGGGGGGCUUUCAGCUGUGCGGGAGGCCUUUGAUCAGUGAGCCGUGCUUCCAGUACUUGAUGAUCUCAUAAUUUUAUAGCGCUAAUCGUUGCAGUAGGCAGCUUUAAAAUUCUUGAGAGCAACCAGCUUGUGACUUUAUUAAUAGUUUGAAUAAUUUUAGUGAUUUUUACUUCGUAUUUCGCUGUUUAUUUGUGAGCAUACGCUUUCCAAAUAUGCAUAUCCAGUUCAGAGUGGGAUCCCGUGGGUUUGUGGGGUGAAACAUUAAGCAAGGUGCAGACUUAAAACACAUUUUAAAAAUAGCAAUAGCGAUUACCAAUGGUGAGGGACAUAUUCACCAUUCCAGUUAGUCUUAAAAACUUCCUUCCUCUUUGUUAGUGCAGAAAUUCAAAUAUGUGUACUGGAAGUCUAGCAGGAAAAACCUGCUUUUCAGGUGAAUGUCUGAGUACAUGAAGCAUCUACUUAGAAAGAGGACGACAGCAUUAGCAAAGAUUGUUUGUUUUGUACAUUUGCAUGAAAAGCAGGGACGUAGCUUUUCAGCACUGGCAGGAGUCUACGCCCUUGAUUAAAAGGAAAAUAGUUAAGAUAAGUGUUUUUGCUUCUGAAAGAUGGUUAUUUUGAUUAUACUCACGGAAGAACGGCACAGGCUGCUGCAGUGACAUGUAACCGACGUCGUUUCUGAGUCGGCUGCCUGGAGCUCUUAUCUUAGAGGAACCUGUGUAGGAAGUUAGCCGGGAAAAGCUAGCAGGUGAACAGCUGCUGAAAACUAGCUCCUCUCUGGCAGUUUGCUCACUUUCAAACUGAUGUUGCAUCAGGACAUCUGGGUCGGACGCCCGUUUUCACCGUGGUGUUAGUCAGCUCAGCCUCAAGCAGCCAUGUCUUUCCACGUCAGCUCGUAAACUCAUCAGUCUGCAUGCAUCGUGUGUCUUCAAAACAUUCCAUUUAGCUUAUCUUUAGAUGUUCGGUCGACAUUCUCUUCGGGAUCCUCUGGACCUACAGUUGGAUUCCUGUGUCUUGGUGCUUUUUCGGCUUCAUGAAGAGGCCUCCUGACUUGGGUGCAGUCUGCAUGGAACGUGGCUAUUGGACUGUUUAUUUUCAAAACUUUGUACUUGAUUUGUAAUAACUACUUUUUAUUCUGUAAAACUUUUAUAUGGGUGUAUAAAGGGAUUGAUUAGAACUGAGAGAUUGAUUUUUACACUAAUGCUUUUGUAUGAUCCAGUUUCAAAAUAAAAAGUAUGAAUUUUCAAUAA